AUGCCCGCUCGCACUACCGAUCUUCCAGAUGAUAUCCCCAGUGCUCGACCUACCGAUUGUCUGCCUCUCAGAACCCGCCCCUCAUCGAAAACUCCUUCGAGCCCGACGAAGAGAGAUGACAAGACGAAGGCCCAAGAUGUUGCUGAAUUGAAGGACUAUCAAUUGGGCGAUUGCUUGGGCAAGGGUGCUUUUGGUUCCGUCUAUCGUGCACUGAACUGGGGAACAGGUGAGACCGUUGCCGUUAAACAGAUCAAGUUGGCAGACCUUCCCAAAAGCGAGCUUAGGGUCAUAAUGCUUGAGAUCGACUUGCUCAAGAACCUCGACCACCCUAACAUCGUCAAGUACAACGGUUUCGUCAAGACCCCCGAGACCCUGAACAUCGUCCUCGAGUACUGUGAGAAUGGUUCCCUUCAUUCCAUUUCCAAAAAUUUCGGCAGGUUCCCAGAGAACUUGGUUGCUCUGUACAUGUCACAGGUUCUUCAAGGGCUCGUCUAUCUACACGAACAAGGUGUCAUUCAUCGUGAUAUAAAAGGCGCCAAUAUUCUCACCACCAAGCAAGGUUUGGUUAAGCUCGCAGAUUUCGGCGUCGCCAGCAGGACAACUGGCUUGACAGAGUCAAGCGUUGUAGGAACCCCCUAUUGGAUGGCUCCUGAAGUGAUAGAAUUAACUGGGGCGACCACCGCUUCCGACAUAUGGAGUCUAGGCUGUACCGUCAUCGAAUUGCUCGAGGGCAAACCACCUUAUCACACACUUCAGCCAAUGCCUGCCUUGUUUCGAAUCGUCAACGACGACCACCCUCCGUUGCCACAGGGCGCAUCACCCGCUGUCCUCGAUUUCCUAAUGCAAUGUUUCCAGAAAGAUCGAAAUCUACGAGUCUCUGCAAGAAAGCUCCUAAAGCAUCCCUGGAUCGCGAACGCCAGACGCACUGAUUCUGUCGCACCAAAGAAUGCCACAGAAUAUACAGAGGCUGUGAAGAGUGUCCAGGAGUGGAACGAAGCCUUGAAGGAUUCCCCAAAUGGGAACACCAUCAGGAAGAAUUCAAGAGCUUCUACCUCUAGUCCAGGACCAGGGGCAAGAGAACUGCACAAUCUCAAAUCCCCUGUGAAGUCCCCAAUCCCUGCAUUCAAUACGGAUACUACACGAUUCCGCUCUGUCGAAGACGACGAUGUCUGGGACAACGAUUUUACUACAGCCAUCUCACCAGGCGCUUUGGAACUGCCUCAUCUCCGAUCUCAAGAAAACUUUGGCGGCAUGUUAUCUUCGGAAAGGCUGAAAGGAUUCGCUGCGAUGGACACUGCAUUCGGGAAAGAAAACGAGAACGCAGAGGACCAAGACUCUACCCUGAAGGCCACUGUUACUAUCAAUUCUGAUGAUUCAAAAACAGUCCGUUUAGCUCCUGCCAAAAAACCUGAGAAAGGACACUCGCGCCAUAAGUCUGAAGCUCCUCCGAAGUCAAGAGCGAAGACGGCCCCGUCACCGACACCACGGAAAGCAUCGCUGCCUUCAGCGCGUCAAACUACAAAUCUAUCAAAAAGCAAGCCCCCUCAGCCAAAAGCAGCACCUGAGCAGCCUCCCACGAGACUAUAUCGAGAAAGCUCAAUCGAAGACUACUCUGACAUCAUCAAGGGAAAUGAACUGGCCCUCGAUACUAAAUUUGGACUCAUGCAUAUAGACAAGGAAGGCCCUUCCAAGAUCCUACAAUCACCAAGUGUCACAGAUUUGAUGCAGAGUAUGCGGCCGCCGAAGGCUGGAGGGAGUUUACGAAGAAAUCCCCCACCCAAGAACAAGUUAUCGAUGCGGAGAACGAGAUCAUCCAUUGAGAUUCAAAGAUUUGCUGAAAAUGAGGAAGACGAAGACUUCUCUGACGUCUUUGCACAGACAGCUGAAGUAUUCGAGAAGCCCGACAGUGAGGACAAUUCAGAAUUAAUUUUGUCCAAAGUCUCCAAUCUUUCUUGGCUUCCAGAUGGUGAGGACGAGGACGAUCCUUUCGCUCAGCUCGAAGAGGGUUUACCCGAACCAGACCUCGAAUCCAAUAUUGCUCGUGACAAGCAUGCCCGUCUGAGGACGGACGUCGAAGCCUUGGUCGGCCAGCUUAAAGUCUUGCAGGAUGAUGAUGCAUUGCUACAGAUAUCGGAAGACCUCAUGAACUUUUUUGAAAUCUUCCCUGAAACCAAAAAUGUCAUAGUCAGCGCCCAUGGUGUCCUUCCCAUACUGGAGAUUUUGGAAGAUUGUAUGCGGCUUGACGUUGUGCUCAAUCUGCUCAGGAUUGUAAAUGCAAUCAUAUUCAACGACGAGGAGGUCCAGGAGAAUGUCUGUUUUGUUGGUGGGAUUCCCAAAAUCAACAAGUUCGCAUCGAAAAAGUUUCCAAGAGAAAUCCGCCUGGAAGCUGCUGCGUUCGUCAGGCAAAUGUACCAAACGUCGACUCUGAUCCUGCAGAUGUUUGUGAGUGCAGGCGGACUAACAGUGUUGGUUGAUUUUCUGGAGGAUGAUUAUGAUGAUGACCGUGAGCUGGUUUUGAUCGGGGUCAAUGGCAUCUGGAGUGUUUUUGAGCUGCAGGGCUCAACCCCCAAAAAUGAUUUCUGCAGAAUCUUGUCUCGAAAUUCAGUUUUGGAGCCACUUUCGCUCGUUUUGAAUCGAGUUUUGUUAGAACCUGCCGAUUCUGGCGACCAAAAGGAACUUGCUGAUCUCUGCGAGGGCCGCAUUGCCAGCAUUUUCUUCGUCUUUUCACAGGCUGAAAAUUAUGUCAAAGAACUCGUGGCAGAGAGGACAGUGCUUCAUCGAGUUCUCAAAAACCUCAAAAGGAUGGCACCAGCACAUCAGGUGACAAUGCUCAAGUUCAUCAAAAAUCUUUCAAUGCUCUCCACGACAUUGGAUGCGCUGCACAAUUCGAAUGCGAUUGAUGUUUUAUCUGAACUUCUCAGCAACAACAUGAACAAAUCACAUUUUAGGGAGAUGUCAAAUCAGAUCUUGAACACAAUCUACAAUCUUUGCCGGCUGUCGAAACGAAGACAAGAAGAUGCUGCUCUGGUUGGCAUCAUUCCCAUCCUCAUCAAAAUCGUGAAACAAGAGAAGACCCCAGUCAAGGAAUUCGCCCUACCGAUCCUGUGUGAUAUGGCACAUUCGACAAGAGCAGCCAGACGAGAGUUGUGGCAGAAUAAAGGUCUUGCUUUCUACGUUUCUCUGCUUUCCGACCCGUAUUGGCAAGUUACAGCAUUGGAUGCCAUAUUUACCUGGCUACAAGAGGAGACUGCGCGAGUAGAGGACCAUCUGUUGGAGAAUCAAAACUUCACCUCUGCUAUUGUCGCUGCACUCACGAGCAGCAAAUCCACCUCGUUUGAGAAUCUAUUGGAGCCUCUCCAGAAAUUGCUUCGGCUAUCACCGCCACUUGCUGCCUCUAUGGCUCGAAGUGGCCAUCUAUUUGAGACUCUGGGCCAAAAGUUGACCCAUAAUAAGCCCGCCAUCCGUCUCAACCUGCUUCGCAUCAUUGGCAGCAUUUGCGAUGCGACGGAAGAGGGAGGCUUCCUCCUGGACCAAUAUGGUCUCUAUGAUGUUAUACGCGACCUGUCUUUCUCUGACUCGGCGGUCCUUGUUCGUAGCAUGGCAGGCGAACUCAUGCGCUCAUUCCAAGAAACGGAUAAUUCUAGCAUCAAAAGUGGUCAAGGCAGUGCCACUGCUGUAAAUGGCGCAAGGAGAAAACAUCCUCAGUUCCAGCGGCGAACUAGCUCCACCACACCUCCGCACCUGCUGGAGCGCCAAAUGAGCAUGCCUACUUCACCCCAACUUGGCCGGUCUGAACGCGCUUCUAUCAAUAUGUACGAUGCUCCUGUAGCGCAGACUCCACGAAGGCAACGUAAUGGGGUCUAUGUCAAUGGCUCAAACGUCAUGCGUCCUGCUAGCCGUGACGGAUCAGGUUACAGGCAAGAUAGUUCGCCUGCUUUUGCGAUGCCAAGCCUUACUCGAGCACAGACUGCUGGUGCGAUGCCCGAGGCAGGACUUAAGACCCGCCUACCGCGUCAGUCAACGGCUUCAGUAGUAGGUCAGCAUCGACUUUCCCGGCAAAGCACGCGCGAGAGCAUGCUCGCUUCCGCUCGAGGCUCAGGACCCAGUGACAAGGACACUAGGUCACAGUAUGGUGCUCAUGGCAGUGGUGGGAGCACUCCUAUCUCGUUGACCCCAGUCGCUGAAAGUCGAGCACGGCGGGAAGAGAGGCGUGCACAUGGACAUUCAAGCAGUAUCAGUCACAGUCGCGGGGCGAUUGGGACAGGGCGGGGUGUGAAUGGAAGUGGAACCAGCGAUAGUCAGAGCCAAGGACGUGUUGAGGUGACAGUUGCGAGUUCUGCUCGAAGAACAACCGCAAGAAGAGGCACAAACACAGAUGACCGGUGGAACUAA